AUGUGCUCGUCUCGACGAUUGUGUAAGUGUAACUAUCAGUUGGCUGCCGAGAAGGAGGCACUUAUCGAACGCAAAAAGCGUCGAAUUAUGGCCGCAAUCGGGAACUGUGAAUCGGCUCGAAUGCACCCUAAAAGGCACGAAUCGGGGUGA